CGGCGGGGCAGGCUUGGUGCCCGCUCGGGGCGGCCCCGGGAAGCGGCGGGGCAGGCUUGGUGCCCGCUCGGGGCGGCCCCGGGAAGCGGCGGGGCAGGCUUGGUGCCCGCUCGGGGCGGCCCCGGCUGCCGGCCCGGCCCGCGGGGGAGCGGGCUGGGCGGGGAGCGGGGCCGUGCGGCUCCCUCGGCGGGGCCCGGGUCGGGCCGGUGGUCGGCUGCAGAGUUCUUUUGCAGUUAUUUGGUAAACAAUGCAGGUUCUGUUGCUGAAGGAUCCCAAAGACAAAGAGUCAGGAGCAGAUCCAUAUAUUAAAGAAUUGGGAUUAUGUGGGUUUGAAGCAACUUUAAUUCCAGUUUUGUCAUUUGAAUUCAUAUCUCUUGAAAGCUUAUUUGAAAAGCUCUCGCAUCCAGAAUGUUAUGGAGGCCUAGUUUUUACCAGUCCAAGAGCAUUAGAAGCCAUCAAGAUAUGUUUGAAAGAUAACAGUAAAAAUGAAGCCUGGUCAAAAUCUCUUAAAGAAAGAUGGAAUGCCAAGCCAGCUUACGUGGUAGGAAAAGCUACAGCUUCUCUAGUGGAAGAAAUUGGCCUUACUCCACAAGGAGAAAAGUCUGGAAAUGCUGAAAAAUUAGCUGAAUAUAUUUGCUCAAGAGAGAAGCCUAAUUCCUCAGCUCUUCUUUUUCCUUGUGGAGCCCUGAAAAGAGAAGUACUACCUACAGUACUUAGAGAAAAAGGUAUACCCCUGGAAAGCCUGACUGUUUAUCAAACAACCCAACACAGUGACCUGCAAGAAUCUUUGAGCAGUUAUUUCUCACAACAGCUGUCUGUAAAGUAUAUUCGUGGUGAUACAAGAAUAUCUUGCAUAGGCUUUUUGGUUUAUUUCCUUGUUGACUACCAAGAAAAUCCUUUAGCAAAAGUUUCAGAUAGAGAGUGAGCCCCUCAGUUAUUUGUUAUGACAAUUGUACUUUGUCUGACUUUCAAAAUACAUGUAUGUUUCAGAAUUACUGGGAGAUAACUGCAUAUAUAAUUACAUACUCAGUCUAUUCACUUGAGCUGGACAGAACUGCUUUUUCAGUAAUGCCAUGUUAGAAAUUACAGUUAGUGAGGAUAUUCAUUGAACAGCUUUAUUAUUAAUUUUUAUUAGUGGAAUUGAAAUAUCACUGGACUUCUUUCUGUAUAUUACAAAUCAGAAUCCAUCCAGCAGUAAUCUGCCCUGACUAGUUUCGGUGUUUCUUCUCCAAUUAUCUGAUCUAUGAAUGUGUUCAUGAACUCAUUUAAAAUGUUAAAAUUCCCAGUGACAUGGAGUUGAUAAGUAUAUUGAGAUAUAUUGCUGGAAUGAUUAAUGUUUUUCUCUCUUUAGAACUACCUAGUAAAUGACAUUAAGCAAGAAUCAGUGCUUAGUAAAAGAUCUGAAGGUACUGAUAAUUGCUUUACUCUUUUCAAGACUGGCCUUCUGAAUAUUCCAUUUCUAGAAGCCCAUGUGAUAAUUUUAUUCAAAAUGCAGGCUUUCCUUCUUACAGAACUGGGCCUCCUUGAGCAUGUUGCACCUUUUUUAAACUGUGCAUUAAUGUCUGUUAAAUUACAUAUUGAUUUUAAAGUUUAAAGAGGUCCUAAAAGGUUAUGAUGUGGUAAGUCGGACUGAUCCAUUGUAGUUCCCUAGGGUUCUAAGUGGGAAAUGCAGUUCUAAUCCCCACAGUAUUUAGUUUACAGCAGAUAUAAAAGUGAGUCAAUAGCACAUACACAUUUUGUGACUUCCUGAGCAAUUUUUAUGAAACUCCUUGCUUGCUGCAAUUAGAUGUGAGUUUCAGUGUAAAGCAGUUAAGAAGCUGUCUCUCAGGUGCUGUUCAGUUGUUCUUAACUGAUGAUAUUGUGGUGAUCUAUUUAGUGCAGGGAGAGCUGACAUAACAUGACAAGUGUUUAGCACUUUGGGAGGCAGUGAGCAGCUCUGCUUCAACUGUCAGUCUGGCCUCCAGCAGCUGGGGCUGCCUGCCAAGUCACACACUGUAAAAUUACAGAUGCAGUCCCAGUGUCUCUUUCUGGUUGGACAGAAAACCACGUGCUUUGGGUCUGCAGCUCAAGAGCUUAGGACCUUCACUCCAGACAGCAUCUUGCAGAGUUUUCUUUUGGCUGCAGAAGGUUGCUGCUGCUUUCUUAAGGCAGGCUUGUUCUGGGAGAGAAAGCCCUUCUGGGUGUCUGUGGUUCUAAGGCAUCACCUCAUCUCUGCCAAAGCGUCUCAGGGCAGGAACUUCACAUAAACAACAUGAGCUGGGAACUGAAGAGUACGUGCAGAAACAAGGAGGAUGGGGAUGGAUUUAAGGAAAUAACCUGCUGAGUUUUCAUGCUAAACAGGAGCAUGAGUCCAGCUCCAGACCCCUUCCACUACACUGAUCACCAAGCACUGUGUGACCAGGUGUUAGGUUAGAGUCAUACCUGAGUUUCAGCAUUCUGUGGUAGCAUGUCCUGUCUGCACCAAACCCUUUCUGUUGGCUUAUGUGCUGCUACACAUCAGUAAAACCACUUAAUGUCCACACAGAGACAGCUGAGAGGAUAUUGUGUCCAGUUUUGGGCACCUCAAUUCAAGAGAGACAUCGAGGUGCUGGAGCGAGGGCAGAGGAGGGCAACGAACCUGGUGAAGGGCCUAGAGAAUAAAUCUUACGAAGAACCCUUGAAGGAGCUGGGGAUGUUUAGUUUGAGGAAGAGGAGGCUGAGGGGAGACCUCAUCAGUCUCUACAGCUACCUGAAAGGUCAUUGUAGAGAGGCUGGUGCUGGUCUCUUUUCAAAGGUAAUUAGUGACAGAACAAGAGGCAGUGGCUUAAAGCUGCAGCAGGGCAGGUUUAGACUGGACAUCAGGAAACAUUUUUUCACAGAGAGAGUGGUUAGACACUGGAAUAGGCUGCCCAGGGAGGUGGUGAAGUCACCAUCCCUGGAUAUGUUGAAGGGUUGUUUUGAUGUGGUGUUGGUGGAGAUGCUUUAGGGGAGAACUUUGUAGAGCAGGGAUGAUGGUUGGACUUGGUGAUCCCAAGGGUCUUCUCCAACCUGAAUAGUUCUAUGAUUCCAUUAUUUAUGUGGAAGUCUACUGGUACACUGCAGGGAGAAGGGUUAAUCUGUGCCAACUUGUGGUUACUUUU